GCCUUUCCUCACUCCUCCGUCCGGAUCUCUUUAGCGACCCUGCCGUGCCGUUCCGGUAGCCUCCCUCCGCCCCUGCUCGCCGCCACCACUCACAGGCCACAAACCCUAGCCAAGCUCGCCGGAGCUACCGCGCGCGCGCACGCAGCGAUGGAAGGCGGCGGCCGCAAGAGGGGCACGGCCGAUGGCGCCGCCGUCGGAGGCAAGCGCACGCGAGAAUCGGAGUCAUUUCAAACCGGUGUAGGAAGCAAAUCGAAGCCAUGCACCAAAUUUUUCAGUACCUCUGGUUGCCCCUUUGGCGAGGGUUGCCAUUUCCUCCAUUACUUCCCCGGUGGCCACCAGGCUGUUGCAAAGAUGAGCAACCUGGGUGGCCAAGCAUUUGCACACCCCCAAGGAAGAAUGCCCACAGGAUCUGCUGUUCCAGAUGGCCACCCUACACCAACUGUCAAGACUAAAUUGUGCAACAAGUAUAACACUGCAGAGGGAUGCAAAUGGGGCGACAAGUGCCACUUUGCACAUGGUGAGAGGGAGCUCGGCAAGCAGACGUUCAUCAACAACUCCAUGCCACCCCAUAUGGGACCAAGGCCCACCGGUCACUUUGGACCUCCGGCAAUGCCCAGCCCUGGCAUGGCCACUCCAGCAGGUUUCGGGGCGUCCUCCACAGCCAAGGUCAGUGUCGAUGCAUCCCUCGCAGGCGCCAUCAUCGGGCGGGGUGGAGUCAACACAAAGCAGAUAUCCCGAGUCACCGGGGCCAAGCUGGCCAUCCGGGACCACGAAUCAAACGAAGCCUUGAAAAACAUUGAGCUCGAGGGCACGUUUGAUCAGAUCAACAACGCCAGCGCCAUGCUCAGGGAGUUGAUCUUCAGGAUCAGCGGCGGCGCCAACGCCCCUCCGCCGGGCGUGAUCCUGGCUGGAGGAUCUCACCGCGGCGGCGGCGGCGGUGGGCAGGGAAGCAACUUCAAGACCAAGCUGUGCGACAACUUCACGAAAGGAUCGUGCACGUUUGGCGACAGAUGCCACUUUGCCCAUGGCGAGAACGAGCUGCGCAAGUCGGCUGCCGCGUGAGGUUGAUCUACCCACCCAACGUGAUUUGUAGUAGCGAUUAGUCGGUGUAACUCUGAACCUUGAGGGCUGAUGAUGGAUUUUCUGACUGUCCCUGAGAUUAUGCCAUCGAUUUUAUGGAUUUCAUAUCUGUCAUGACUUUUAUCAGCCUGUUGUGGUUUUAGUAGAAAGCUUGACAUGUUCAUUUCCUGAA